AAAUGCUGCCUGGUACCAGGCCCCUGCUGCUGUGUGUGCUGUGUCAUGUGACCACCGCAUGGGCAUUCACCCGCAUGUCUGACGCCGUGGAGCUGCGGUCUGCAUUCUCUGUGGCACGUACCAGCAGCAUGGAGGGAGGGCCCAAGAUGGUCAUCACCUUCGACAAGGUGUAUGUCAACAUCGGUGGCGAUUUCGAUCCGAAGGCUGGCUUAUUCCGCUGCAGGAUUCCGGGUGCGUACUAUUUCUCCUUCACGGUGGGGAAGUUCCCACGUCGAGACCUGUCGGUCAUGCUAAUGAAGAACCGCAAUGAGGUUCAGGCGAUUGUCUACGACGAGAACGCCGGAGAAGAGCGGAAGGUGCAGAGCCAGAGUGCCAUGCUGCAGCUUGAUUUUGGAGACACCGUCUGGCUUCGUCUUCACGGAGACCCUCGCUACGCUAUCUACAGCAACACGGGCCAUUACACCACCUUUAACGGUUACCUGAUCUACCCCGAUGUGUACGGCUAUCAAGAGCCCACACACAGAGAUCAUGACAGUGACCAUCAACCACUGAAAACCAGCGAUCACUUACUAACUGAGCAUGAAAAUACAAUUAUCAAAGACACUAUUGUGAGUGUGAAAGAAGAGAGACGGGAUGAAGAGAUAAAAAAGGAGGAUGGGAGAGAUGGACAGGAGGAAGAUGAAGACCAGCGGUCAGCAUUCUCAGUGGGCCGCACUCAGAGUAUUGUGGGAGUGGAUCAAGGACACCCUGAGCACCAGCCCAUCGUCUUUGACACAGAGUUUGUCAACAUCGGCAACGACUUCAACUUGAGCUCUGGUAUAUUCAGAUGCAGAGUAGCAGGAGCCUAUUACUUCUCCUUCAAUGCUGGCAAGCUGCCCCAUAAGACCCUGUCAGUGAAGCUGAUGAAGAACCAUUUGGAAGUGCAGACCAUGAUCUACGAUGACAGCGACACUGAGAAGGCCCUGCAGAGCCAGAGUCUGAUGUUGUCACUGCAGGCUGGAGAUACUGUCUGGCUCUACAGCCACCAGAGGGAUGGAUUUGGUGCUUACAGUAAUCACGCCAAGUAUAUCACUUUCACUGGCUUCCUGGUGUACCCCGAGCUCCACCAAAGCCUUGCUCAGCAGCAGAAACCAGAUAAGACACUGUAGGCCAGCCAAGGAGCCAGUCAGUCUGGGUCUUUAGGAAGGUAAGAGUUUGGAGCAGCGCUUGUGUGGAAAAAAUGUGAGUUCCCUUCACGCAAUCUUCUACACUCUAGAGACUCUGUGUCACUCAUCACUCUUGUGGUUUGCUUCUUCAGAUUCCAUAUUAGAAAUCCCUUCAGCUCUUGUUUUUAGUCAAGCAAGCAGCACCUGUAACAAUUCAGUUAAACUCCCUAAAGUCGCCAUGAAACGGAAAUUGCGAUUAUCUUUUCUUCCCUAUCGUGACAAGUUCUCGAAUGAGAAAAAAAAAUGUAGGGCAGCACUUGAUUUUGUCCAUCGGGAAUUAAUUGGAUCGUUGUUGUUUGCUAAUUGAGCGAUCUCAUGUGAGUGACAGAUUGCUGGAUUAUUGCCCAGCCGGAGCAUAAGGAGGGAUGUUAUUGGGAGGGGACAUUAAUAUUAGUUUUUUUUUUUGUAAUCAUUAUGUGCAUGGCUAAUUCAAUCAUAAUAAAUAC